AAGAGUUUUUCAUUACAAUUCCGAGAAAGAAAUAUUGUUAAAUGUUUUUUACUGGCCAGCAGAGUCCUUUUGGCCAUUCCCCUACUCCCAGUUUUAUUGCACUAGUCUGACAUGAAACUUUUUCACCUUUCCACUCUCACUCUAUUAAACAUUUUUCAUUCUCUUUAUUGCCCUCUUGGGCUGUCACAAACAAGUGUGGCCAACUUCGGGCCACGCCCAUAUUAGCCCACACACGCCCACUUUCGCCACAUUUUCCAGGGGUUUCCUUCGUGCUCCUCGGCAAUGUCUUCUGGCCACGCUGGCCAAUUUAAAAUUCAAUUUAAUUUCAAUUGAUAUUGGAAAAUCUUUUGAGCACCUGCCCCACCCACUCCCUUUUGCCAAGUGAAAAACCUAUCCACACGCAGCGGGGAAGCCCCAUUACCAGGGUUUCCACAGUUUUUCGAUUCCUUAGUGUGGCAAACUCACUCGGACUUUUGACUGUGCGGUUCCCAUUUCGGCGACAAAAGGGCUUCAUCCAUCGUUAAGAACCAGACAGAAUUCAAAGUGGGUGGCUGGACCCAUAAAUUAUGCACAGGCCACGGAAGACAGCAACCUGAAGGGCAACAAUAACAAAGUCCGGGAAAUGCUAAGAACCCAAAAACCCAACCCUCACUAAUUGCCCCAAGGCUGGUCCUCAAAAUCUCCGGCAGCAGAUUGUUUUCCUAGCAACGUCGUCGCCUUGGGCUGUGAAAGAUUUCCUACACGUUUCGGCCAUCUCAUAAAUAAAGGGAAAAUUUCAUUAAGAC